GCAAGAUAGAAGAAUACGGGGUGUACACGAUGCUGCCCGCGCAGCAGCUCCCCCCGAUCAGCCCGUGGCCGCCCGACGGGGUGCUGGACCGCAUGGACGACCUGGCGCACAAAGGAGGCAGGCCGCUGCCGGACUCCACGAGGCAGAAGAUCGUGGAGCUGGCGCACUCGGGCGCGCGGCCCUGCGACAUCAGCCGCAUCCUGCAGGUCUCCAACGGCUGCGUGUCCAAGAUACUCGGCAGGUACUACGAGACGGGGUCGAUCCGACCGCGCGCCAUCGGUGGCUCCAAGCCGCGCGUGGCCACCGCGGAGGUGGUGUCCAAGAUCGCGCAGUACAAGCGGGAGUGCCCCUCGAUCUUCGCCUGGGAGAUCAGGGACCGUCUCCUGAGCGAGGGCGUCUGCACGUCCGACAACAUUCCUAGUGUAUCCUCAAUCAACCGAGUGCUCCGGAACCUCGCCGCGCAGAAGGAGAAGACCAACUCCCAGCCUCCCCCCACCGACUGCAACACGCCAGUAUAUGAGCGACUGCGGCUGCUGGGUGCCCAGUCCAACUGGCCGCGCGCGCCCUGGCCGGCUCAGAUAGAUGCCAGGACACCACCCUACCAGCUUCACAGUCUGAGUCCAGGGCCUCAGAUGUGCAAUGGCGAUAUGGGGAUGAAGAAAGGAGAAGAGCCACUGGAAGGCCUAGAAGGGCUCCACUCCGACGAGACGGGGUCCGGCGACAACUCCAACGCGGGCUCGAGCGGCGCCGACGACGAUGCCGCGCGACUGCGGCUCAAGCGCAAGCUGCAGAGGAAUCGCACCAGCUUCACUAACGAGCAGAUCGACAGCUUGGAGCGCGAGUUCGAGAGGACGCAUUACCCGGACGUGUUUGCACGGGAGCGACUUGCUGCCAAGAUCGGUCUGCCAGAGGCCAGGAUACAGGUGUGGUUCUCGAAUCGGCGCGCGAAGUGGCGGCGCGAGGAGAAGAUCCGCGCGCAGCGCCGGAGCCCCGAGUGCUACCCGCCGCAGCCGCAGUACCCGCCGCCCGUCAACAUCGACACCUACAGUCCGCUAACCCCAAUGGGCUACGGACCGACGCCCAUGCCUGAACCAGCGCCCGUGCCCGUAUGCGAACCGGACCCGGAGCUCUGCAAGGGCGGGUUCCUCGGCUACCCUCGCUAUGAACUCGGCUACCGACAACCACCGCAUUACGUCAACCACCCGUACCAGCACGAGCCCUCGCCGACAUCAGAGCUAGGCGGCCUCCUAGGCGCCGGCGUGUCUGUCCCGCUCGCCGUGCCGGGACAGGAGUCCCAGCAGUACUGGUCGCGGCUGCAGUGACCCUGGUGGAACUAACUUAGCCCGACAACAUCAAGCAUUUUUAAAUAAGCUCUGCACUCCG